CCACAACAAUCACACCUUCAGUGAAGCCCCUCCCACAACAAUCGCACCUUCAGUGAAGCUCCUCCCAAAACAAUUGCAGCUUCAGUGAAGCCCCUCCCACAACAAUCGCACCUUCAGUGAAGCCCCUCCCAAAACAAUCGCACCUUCAGUGAAGCCCCUCCCACAGCAAUCGCACCUUCAGUGAAGCCCCUCCCACAGCAAUCACACCUUCAGUGAAGCCCCUCCCACAACAAUCACACCUUCAGUGAAGCCCCUCCCAAAACAAUCACACCUUCAGUGAAGCCCCUCCCACAGCAAUCACACCUUCAGUGAAGCUCCCCCCACAACAAUCAAACCCUCAGUGAAGCUCCUCCCACAACAAGCACACCUUCAGUGAAGCUCCUCCCACAACAAUCACAUCUUCAGUGAAGCUCCUCCCACUGCAGUUCAUCAAUAAAUGCUGGAAUAUUCCCAUCAGUCUACAAGUGAAGACGAGCAUCAAAGCAUCAGGAAGAAGUGAAAUCUGCAGAGACAGCUUUUAUUGAAGGACAGAGAGAACAUGAGAGAUCCAGAACCCUGCAGAAUCAGACACACUGAAGAACAAACAGAUCUAAUGGAGGAGGAAAAACAUGUCAAAACUGGAGAAAAAACUCUCUCACAGACUGAAAGUAUUUCUUUACUGAAAAGAAGAGGCAAGAAAGGUUUCACUUGCACUCAGUGUGGAAAGAGUUUCAAAUACAAACAGAGUCUCAAGAGACACAUGAACAUCCACACUGGAGAGAAACCUUACAAGUGUGAUCUCUGUGGGAAGAGUUUCACACAAUCUUCAAACCUUAAGAACCACUUGAACAUCCACACUGAAGAGAAACUGCAUGAAUGUGAUCAGUGUGGAAAAACAUUUGCAUGGGCUUCAGGUCUGAAGAAUCACCUGAAAGUUCAUUCAGAUGAGAAACCACAUUCAUGUUCUUUGUGUGGAAAGAGAUUUUCACAACUGGAGAAUUUAAGAGUUCAUCAGAAAAUACAUACUGGUGUGAAAGAUCAUAUGUGCUUUGAGUGUGAGAAGACUUUUAUUACAGCUAAAGAUUUGAAGCGGCACCAGAGGAUGCACACUGGUGAGAAACCUUUCAAGUGUUCACACUGCGACAAGAGAUUCAGUCAGUCAUCACAUCUGAAAUCACAUGAGAGGAUUCACACUGGAGAGAAACUGUAUCACUGCUCUGCAUGUGGGAAGAGUUUCAGUCAUUCGUCUUCUCUACGGAGACAUACAAUAAAGUAUCACAAUAAGUAGUUUAUCUCCAGGUCCAGCGUUUUCACGUGCUAUGCUGCAUCUCUUCCAUAUUAAUCUGUCAUAAGAAACAUAAUCUAAAUUUGUCACCGUGAAUGAAGUCCAUCUUCAAGACCAGCAGUUUCUGUGAGAGUCAGAUCAACUCAAAGUUCCUCCCCUAAGAACAAUAUCUGAAGUUGUAUUCUUGUGUACAACUAUGCUUUGUGAUGUAAAUUAUAUUAUGCUUUAUUAUGACCUUCAUUUUAUGUUCAAAAUUUUCUUCUAAUGCAUGUAAAAGGUUUUUCCAGGUUCAAAAUGUUCUUGUGCACGAAGCUGAAAAAGAAGCUAAUUUAUUUUGAAUUUAAUCUUCACUGUUGUAUUAUAAUAACUAGUUAUUCUUCUGCUUAGGGUGUGUUUUACAAAAUACAGGUGUGAGAUAUUCUGUCAUGUAGGUUUACAUCUGAUCCUUCUUCACUUUUGUUCACUUGAGAUGCUUUGUAGUCUUGUCAGUCAAUGAAGAGAGAAAUCUGUCUUUUACUUUAUGUUUGCUUGAAUUAUCAAACUUUUAUUGUCCACUUUUGUUGUCUGCUGAUUUGUCUUGCAUCACAAAUUCAUAAUUUCAUAAUUCUAGUUCCAUCUAAAAGCCAUGAAAUAGGCCUAUUGCUUUUGGGGCUUAAUUACAUUUCUUGAUAAAGCUUUUUAAACUACCUAAUAAACUAUAUUCCCCUCACACC